AUGUUCUGUAUAUCUAAUAUGGAUAUUGCGGUGGUAUGGAAUGGUGAAGUUUUACCAGCUUUUAGACCCGAGAGGGGUCUUAGACAAGGGGAUCCCCUCUCGUCUUAUUUGUUUAUCAUGGUUAUGGAGAGACUAUCCCAUAUGAUUUUGGAGAAGGUGGGAUUGAAGUUGUGGCAACCUGUUAAAGUGUCUCGAUCAGGUCCUUCUAUUUCUUACUUAUUUUUUGCCGAUGAUUUGAUGUUGUUUAAUGUUGCAGAACAUGCUCAAGUUGAAGUUGUGAGAGAUACCUUGACUGAAUUCUCAAAUGCGUCUGGAUUACAUGUGAAUUUAGAGAAGUCGAAGCUUUGGAUGUCACCUAAUGUGCCGAUUGACAAAGCAAGGUCUUUAAGUCGGUCUUGCGGCAUUCCUUUAGCUUCCGAGUUGGGGACUUACUUGGGGGUGCCUAUCAUCCAUGGGAGAGUGUCUAAGGUGACUUAUAAGCAUGUGAUUGAUAAAGUCUUGCGGAGGUUGGAUAAUUGGAAAGGGAAAGUGUUGAAUUAUGCUGGUAGAAAGACCUUGAUCCAAUCUACUCUUAACUCCUUACCAAUUUACACUAUGCAAACAGCUAUGUUGCCGGUUUCUGUUUGCGAUAGGUUGGAUCAAUGUAAUCGCAAUUUCUUAUGGAGUGGGGAGGCGGAUAGAUCUCAAGGACAUUUGGUGAGUUGGGAUAGAAUCUGUCGGCCUAAAGGUAAUGGAGGACUGGGACUUCGUAAGGCUCGGAUCUCUAAUUUAGCUUUGUUGGCAAAAAUUGGUUGGAAAUUGCAGUACUGGGCGUUGUUCAUCCACAUGGCGGGGUAUUUUGAAGACUCGAGAUUGUGUUCGAAGGGGUACACGGUGGAGAAUUGGAGAUGGAAGGAAUACUAA